GUGAAACCCGGGCCCCAUUGCCUCAUCCCCCUCCAUUGCCGCCUUUAUCCCUUCACAUUCGCAUUGACCCUAACACACCUGCAUUCGACACUGGAAGAACAUGAGCUGGAUCUUUCGUUCGAUUCCAUUUUUAAAAUUCUAACUUCAUCCGGCUCUCCCUGCCAUAACUGCGCACGCGCGCUUACUUCACAUGCACCCACCACUCGUGCAGAGUUCCUGAAGUAAUGAGACUUCAGCCAUACGUACCCUCUAACAAUAUAACGUAUCGAAAUACAACGCCCGAAUCCUUACCGGUCAAGAUGGCACCCCGACUACGACAAAAUGGCCGGUCCCCAAGCGCUGCCCCUUCCGAAACCUCUGGAUCAACGUCACCAGAGCGUGCCGCCGACGAUGACACCGACUUCUUCAUGGCCCAAGCCAACGAUUCACAAUCGUCCAUCGGCGUCGCCAAUUUCCGUGACAGCCACCCCCAAAAUGUCCGCCCCAUGCCACUUCCGCCGAUCGGCCGCCUCCCGCCAGAGAUCCUGAUCGCGAUAUUCUCAAAGCUGAAUCUACCCUCGGACAUGCUCAACUGCAUGCUAGUGUGUCGUGGAUGGGCUGUGAACUCCGUUGGGAUACUGUGGCACCGGCCGUCUUGCAACAGCUGGUCGAAUCUGACGAGUGUGACCGCGUCCGUAGGCAAACAGGACAGCCUCUUCAACUAUGCAGACCUUAUUAAGAGACUCAACCUCUCUGCUUUGGGUGAUGUCAGCGACGGAACGGUUGUUCCCUUUGUUCAGUGCAAACGCAUCGAGCGGCUGACGCUGACGAACUGUUCUCAACUUACGGAUACUGGGGUGUCGGACUUGGUGGAUGGUAAUCGGCAUUUGCAGGCGCUGGAUGUCUCGGAACUGCGACAUCUUACAGAUCACACUUUGAAUACAGUAUCCAGAAACUGCCCCCGUCUACAGGGUCUGAACAUUACCGGGUGUUCCAAAAUGACCGACGACUCGCUGUUCGUCGUGUCACAAAACUGUCGUCAGAUCAAGAGAUUGAAACUGAACGGAGUUUCUAAUAUCUCAAACCGGUCGAUUCAGUCUUUUGCGGAGAACUGCCCAUCUAUCCUUGAAAUCGACCUACACGACUGCAGACUUGUCACUAGUCCUUCAGUGACUGCUUUGAUUAUAACACUGCGACAUCUUCGAGAGCUGCGCCUUGCACACUGCACUGAGAUUGAUGAUUCAGCCUUCUUGAAACUACCCGAAUUUGCGACCUAUGAUAGUCUUCGCAUUCUCGAUCUCACCGCUUGUGAGAAUGUCAAGGAUGAUGCAGUGGAGCGCAUUGUGCAUGCAGCUCCUCGUCUACGAAACCUAGUACUAGCAAAGUGCCGGUUUAUCACAGAUCGAUCCGUGAUGGCUAUUUGCAGGCUAGGAAAGAACCUCCACUAUGUUCACUUGGGCCAUUGCUCCAACAUCACAGACUCGGCUGUCAGCCACUUGGUCAAGUCCUGUAACCGCAUUCGGUACAUCGACUUGGCCUGCUGCAACCGACUGACAGAUCAUAGUGUGCAACAACUAGCUACCCUACCCAAGCUGCGAAGGAUCGGGCUAGUUAAAUGCCAGGCAAUUACUGAUCAGAGUAUACUGGCCUUGGCACGACCCAAGAUGAGCCAUCCUUCAGUCAGCAGCCUGGAGCGAGUGCAUCUUAGCUACUGCGUUCAACUGAACAAAGAGGGCAUUCACGCUUUGCUGAACAACUGUCCUCGUCUGACUCACCUCAGUCUGACUGGCGUUCCACCAUUCCUACGGCCUGAACUCACCAAGUUCUGCCGAGAGGCGCCUAAGGAAUUUACACAACAGCAGCGGGACGUCUUCUGUGUCUUCAGUGGCGACGGUGUCAAUCGACUUCGGGACUUCUUGAACCGAUACGAGUCAUCACCGCAUGAAGAAACCGAAGCCACGAUGUACGAUGACGAUGAAGAACUCGAUGAAGACGAGGGCCAGAUGACUGGGUUGAUGAAUGCAACCGUAAUCAACGAUGGAGACGAUGAUUACAUCGACGUUGGGCCGAUGAAUACGUGAUACGAUACCCUCUUUGCAGUCGAAAAUGAGUCUCACAUUUUCCUUCUUUUCAAUUCGCUGUGUCUUUACCUGCGAUUCCUCGGGAUUCAUCGGGAAGUCAUAUUUCUACUCAUAUGAACGAAGAUGACCCUAUCUUAUUCGGUGUCUGUGUUAUUGUGCGAAAUGCAUCGUGUACUAGCGGUUACGGUCUUGGAUUAUUCUUGUCAUAUUGAAUUGCAUAGCAUUUGACCAAUCAGUUCUUUUUAGCCUCACUUUUAACUAAGCAAUGGUCAAUUCCGGUACUUUUACGGAAUAUGAUCUGCG